UCUUUCUCGAAUUUGUCUUUCUUGGUGCAGAUUGAUUUGUCGAAUAACGAGUUAACCGGUCCGAUUCCUCAAAGAGGUCAGCUUAGCACGCUUCCUGCAAGCCAGUACGCGGAUAAUCCUGGACUUUGUGGAGUACCUUUACCGGAAUGUAAGAACGGAAACAAUCAGCUUCCAGCAGGAACAGAGGAAGUGAAACGUGCUAAACACGGAAGCAGGGCAGCUUCUUGGGCGAAUAGCAUUGUUUUGGGAGUUUUGAUUUCUGCUGCGUCGGUUUGUAUUUUGAUCGUUUGGGCGAUUGCGGUUCGUGCAAGGAAGAGAGACGCUGAAGAUGCGAAGAUGCUUCAUAGUUUGCAGGCUGUUAAUUCCGCCACGACGUGGAAGAUUGAGAAGGAGAAAGAGCCGUUAAGUAUUAACGUAGCGACAUUUCAGCGACAGUUGAAGAAGCUUAAGUUCUCGCAGCUCAUCGAAGCUACGAAUGGAUUCUCGGCUGCGAGUAUGAUUGGACACGGUGGAUUCGGCGAGGUUUUCAAGGCGACGCUCAAAGAUGGGUCUUCCGUGGCGAUCAAGAAACUGAUUAGGCUUAGUUGUCAAGGAGAUAGAGAGUUUAUGGCGGAAAUGGAAACGCUAGGGAAGAUCAAACACCGAAACCUUGUACCGCUCUUGGGAUACUGUAAAAUCGGGGAAGAGAGAUUGCUAGUUUACGAGUUUAUGCAAUAUGGUAGCCUCGAGGAAGUGCUUCACGGACCGAGAACAGGCGAAAAACGGAGGGUUUUGAGUUGGGAAGAGAGGAAGAAGAUUGCGAAAGGAGCAGCGAAAGGGCUUUGUUUCUUGCAUCACAAUUGUAUCCCUCACAUCAUCCACCGUGACAUGAAGUCAAGCAACGUGCUUCUCGAUCAAGACAUGGAAGCUAGAGUUUCAGAUUUCGGAAUGGCGAGGCUGAUCAGCGCGUUAGACACGCAUUUGAGUGUGAGUACCUUGGCAGGCACGCCAGGUUACGUACCACCGGAGUAUUACCAAAGUUUCAGAUGUACUGCAAAAGGCGACGUGUACUCCGUCGGAGUAGUGAUGCUCGAGAUUUUAAGCGGGAAGAGACCAACGGACAAAGAAGAGUUUGGUGAUACGAACUUAGUAGGUUGGUCGAAGAUGAAAGCAAGAGAAGGGAAACAUAUGGAAGUGAUUGAUGAAGACCUUCUGAGUAUGAAAGAAGGUUCCUCAGAGUCUCUGAAUGAAAAAGAAGGUUUCGGAGGGAUGAUUGUGAAAGAGAUGUUAAGGUACUUGGAGAUAGCGUUGCGGUGCGUCGACGACUUCCCAUCAAAGAGGCCUAAUAUGUUACAAGUGGUUGCUUCGUUGAGAGAACUUCGUGGAAAUGAAAAUAGUAGUCACAGUCACAGUAACAGCUCGUAACCAUGAUCUGCUUUUUUUUUUGGUUAUAAUUUGUCUCUCUUUUAGAAAAUUGCUGUGAGAAUGUAUGUGUGGUGGAUCAAUGAUUAAAAUUUUAUUCUGUAUUAAAUCUUUUUUUAAUAAUUAUAUAUAUGAAACUUCAUCCUCCUCUUAA